GGCACCCUCAAAGCAAGGGAGGAAGUCUUGUGCUAGGGGUGGAAAGUCCUGUCUCACUCCUGGAGAGAUGCCAACAAGAGAAGCAAUCCUGGCCUCUUCCUCCUAAAGACCAAAGGGAAAUGAAGGAAACGUGACCAUUAAACUGGGGAAGCCGGGAGAAAACCCCAAAGGGGACAGUUUCCCACGGUUCGGAGCUGAACUGCGGUAACGGCUGAGGGAGGUCAUGGUAUGGCACAUAGAACUUCCCUGAGCAGGGCAAGUCAGUGGAUAGCAUCGUUCCCUCCACAGUGUGUCCUACUGUGGGGUAAGAGAGAGGAAUGCACCCCUGACACCCGCUUCAUCCCAACGCAUGAGGGGCCAGAGCCCUUUGAGCUGUAUCCUGGCCCAUGUUGCUGCAGAUGCUAUUCUUAUUCAGACAGUGCAAAGGUAUCCAGCAGCCUGGAAGGAAGGGGCUAUUAGGGUGAAUACGAUCAUCUCGACCUGUUGACUGUGUUAGUGCCAAGGCCUCUGCUAGUUGGUGGAUUCUAGCUUUUCGACUCCUGUGCUCCAUUAGGCUGGUUCCCGCCGGCAUGGAUGGUGUGCCCCGUGGGCUACGGACUUGGGUUCAUUGGUAGGAAUCCUUUGUGCUAGCGGUAUCAGCAGGUAGCAUUCCCCAUAGAGCCGAGGCCUGGCAUUCAGAGAGAAGCCAUGACCGACGCCCCGGAAAGCACGACGGGCCGGAGGUCUCUCACGCUGAAGCGCAGGUUCCUCUGGAAGCUCCGCCAGAAGUGGAAGCUCCUGGGCCUCUUUGAGAUCAACGGGGAGCACGAGUUUUAUGACCUGACCUGCAUGCUGAAGGUGGGGCUCAGGGCUGCCAUCCAAGAGGCCAUUGACAACCCGCCUGUGGAUGCCCUGAGCGACGCAGACUGCAAGGUCGUGCUGAAGCAGGCCCAUGAGGGCUUUGAGAUGCGUACGUAUGGCGGCCCGGCCUUUGCUCACUUCAGACACUCGCUGGGCAUAUCGGAGAAGGAAUACCAGCUGUCCCUGUCCUCCCAGAGCUUCUACCUGCAGUUCAUCAGCAACUCCAAGAGCAAGGCUGACUUCUUCCUGACGAACAACAAAUGCUUCUUCCUGAAGACGCAGAGUAAGAGAGAGAUCCGGUUCCUCCUCUCCAACCUGCCCAAGUACAUCCAGCACCUUGAGAGAUACCCCCACUCCCUCCUCGUCAAGUUCUUGGGGGUUCACAGCAUCAUCGUGGCUCAGGAGAAGAAGAAAUACUUCAUCAUCAUGCAGAGCGUGUUCUACCCCGACGAAAGGAUCCUUGAACGGUACGACAUUAAAGGGUGUCAGGUGAAUCGCUGGACGGAGCCCGCCCCCGAGGGCAGCCAAGUCAUCGUGGUGUUGAAGGAUCUCAACUUUGAAGGAAAUUCCAUCCAGCUGGCCUCUCUGCUCUCUCCUGCAGGUCAGCAGCGCUCCUGGCUCCUACGCCAGGUGCAGCUGGACACGCAGUUCCUGAAGGAGCUCAACGUGCUGGAUUACAGCCUGCUGGUGGCAUUUCAGCCCCUGCAUGCAGACGAAAAGGGCCAGAACCUGUCCUUCGCGGACAUCAUCUUCAGGACCACCAUGUCCUUGAGCAAUCCCGAGAGCUCCCUGCUCCCCUCGGUGUCGGGGAUCGCGGAGGAAGAGUCUGACAUUCUGGUUUCUGAGAUGGUAGCGGGAGUCGACCUCUACCGACUGCGCGAGCUGAACUCGGGGGUGGAGGACGUGAGCCUCCCAAGCAGCGCCAGGUCUGACAGGGAUCUGGCCCGCAUCCUGGCCCAGAACCGGCGCUUGCUGCCCCGCUGCAAGAGCCCCCUGCACUUGCUGGACGGCCCGGAGUUCCGCUACUUCAUGGGCAUCAUCGACCUGUUCACCGUCUACAGCUUCCGCAAGCGGCUCGAGCACCUGUGGAAAUGCAUCCGGUACCGGGGUCAGACCUUCUCCACCGUCAGCCCCUCGGAUUACGCCAGGCGCCUCUGCCAGUGGGUGGAAUCACACACUGUAUGAGUGGGGCCCUGCCCCGGGGCUGACACGGAUGGCAGCUUCCCAGACGGCCCCACUCACCCGCUGGGAGGGUCACCAGCCCCACAGACUGUGCUGCAAGCUGCCUGCUGCUGAUCGCCUGCACCACCAGGGGGCAGGCUCAAGGCAGCGGUGCCGCUGGGUUACAGGGGUGCUGCGGAAGGAACAUUCCCAGCAUCCUGAGAGCAGGUUUUUGGCAUCAGAACUGAAGUGUCAGAGGGGCCGUGAUCACGUGGGCAGCAGCUGUCCUGCAGCGAGCUGCGGGGAGGGGGGUCAGUAGGUGCUGCAGUUGUCCAAGGAACCCAGUAAAUGGGGGAUCUGUGAACCA